AUGUCGGCCGACUUAUUCCAGAAACUGCCACCCGAGAUUAUAAUUGCAAUUGCGAAGACUACAGCUGAUUUUGUUGGCAUUGACUCUCUUUUGAACGCCUCGACAUGGGUCCGUGAUGUAAUCUCUCAUAGCCUUUUCGAAGUCACUGAGGAUCUAUUGGCAUCAUUUCCUAUAACUGGAAAUAGCUCCGAGAUCCUAUUUCUAAUAACUUGCUUGGUAAACAAGCCAGGAUUCAAAUGUUCGGAUUUUGAUGACCUUCAAUCAAACUUCACGGAACUUUCUCUGCGGGAUUUCAGUGACAAGACGAUCUACGGGACUCUUCGAAAGGGUGCACAUAUCCAGCGUCUCGCUUGUGCAUGCAUAACCAAAUUUCGAGAGAAUCUCAUAACCGGCUUAGAAGCUGUCAUGGAUGCGAACUGGGAAAAGACCUUGUUUCAUGAUUGGCGGCAACAUAUGACUGCAGAAGCGUCAUGGGUAGAAGAAUUCCGCGUCUACAGAGCUCUAUGGUGCUUGCAAAUCCUAUCUGAUAUUUACCACGCUUCUGGUUCAGUGGCCUCUCAUAAUGGCUGCGGGGGGGGGGAUGGGCAUCAGCUGAAAGAGAAAAGCUUCCUUCGUUUGGGUGGUCUCUUCCCACGAAAUUCAAUGAGCCCAAUUCUGUUGCUGAGAUACUUCUGGACCUCGGAGCUUCUUGCAUUAUUCCAUCGGAUGUUCCAAUCGAUCACGUUGUCUUGGGCUUUCCAUCGCCGAAGUACCUCUAUCCUAUAUUUGAGUCUUUGCGAGUAA